UUGAUUAAGAAUAUAAAUAACAUAUGACUUUAUUAAAUUAAGGUCAAAAUUGAUGUAAAAUAAAAUCAGUGGGGAGUACGUUCGGUCAAUAGAACUGUUCCAAACACGGGGGAGUACGUACGUUUCUAUAUACUCCACAGUAUAUGUGACGUCAUUCUAAUUUCGUCCCGCACGUUCCUGUAAGUUUGUCUUCCGUUGGGUGAUAAGUUGAGUUUUGAAAACAAGAGAUCUACCAGCAUUCAACCGUAGUGAUCGUGUCUUUAAUAAAUAUAUUCAGUUACAUUAUUACAAGAAGCUGCUAUCAAGAGAGUGGUUAAAUAUUGUCAAGCUAAAACGUGUCAUUGGUUGUUAUUCAUAUCGUCGUUGAAGAAAUAUUACACAUAAUACAUACACCACUCUCUUUAUCCAUUCGCCUGCAUUAUUGUAUCAUACUCCCUCUACGUUUUUCCGCGUGUCUGUGAUUACUUACUUGCCGCAGUCUGUUACUAAACGUUUGGGUCAUUGUUUUUCAUUACCACACAUCCUUCUGAUUCAUCAUUUGACUGGAAAUAAAUAGUUAAGUGAGAAUUUAAAAAAUGGACGCUCUGCGCGAGCAGGUAAUGAUCAAUCAAUUUGUGCUGGCAGCAGGUUGCGCGAGAGAGCAAGCAAAACAAUUACUUCAAGCUGCCCAUUGGCAAUUCGAGACUGCACUCAGUAUAUUUUUUCAAGAAGCUGCAAUACCAUCUUGUCCUCAGGGACCCGGAACGCACUUUGGUCAGAUAACGCCAUGUAAUACACCAGCUACUCCACCAAAUUUUCCUGAUGCGUUAGUGGCUUUUUCAAAAAUGUCUACGGGUGACAAAACACCUUCAGGCAUGUCUCCAAGUCAAAAUAUCCAACAAUCAGUAUCAACAAUGCAGCACGGAGUUAGAUGUAGUGUCUCUGGCACGCAGCAACAAACACAAAAUCAACAGCAAUUUGGACUUGGCGAACCACAGAGAUAAAACAAACUCUUGGUCAUUUAAAGCGCUUGCGAAUUUGCGAUAAGUGCCAAUAAAAAUAAUAUGCAAGUAGUACGUACUUGAAGACUUGUCUUAAAAGCACGACGAUUCACAUAAAGUUAAAUAUAAUUGUCGUAAGCUUUCAGUAAGGAGACGAUGAAUCGAGAUACCUCAAAAUAUCCCUUAAUUAAGAUUUAAUUAACAAAGAUGAAUUUUUUGGAGAUUUAAUAUCAUAACAAAUCUCCUAUAUGUGAAAAAUAACAAGGGAAUACAAUAAUUCGACGAUUAGGACUAUGCCUAAUAUGAAAUUGAAAUUAGAAUAAAAUCACACAUGAAUGAAUCAAAUACCGUAGACAUGUUGAAGAUAACAAAUAUUUUUAAGUAUUUUACGAUGCACACUCUGCAAAUGUAUCCUGAGAUUUUAGUGUAUAAGAGACUAAUGAAUGAUAUUUAACAAUAUCGACUAAAGAAUAAUUAAUCGUGAUAUCUUGAUUAUUAAAAGGAGUAAUAUGUGAACAAAUGAAUAAAAUAACAUACUUGAGUUAUUAAAGUCAUAAUCGCUUCAACAUCGUGUUUGUUUUAGCGAUUAAAGUUCCCUGACUUGUGAGGUACAAAAAAAAUAACAAUUAAAAAUUAUUUACUUGAUUUUAUAAUUAACAAAUUAAAUUAGAAUAUCGUAUAAUAAUUUCAUUGAUGACUAUGUCGUAUUACAAUGUAAAAAAUUAUCUUUUAAGAAAACUUUUUCACAAAGGUUUUCUGCUUGUUGUUAUGAUGUAAAUGUAUUUUUCAAGAUAUUUCAUUUAUUCUUUUACAAUGAAUAUUCUUAUAAAAUAUUGUCAAAAAGUUUAUUAGAUGAAAAGUGUAGUAUCAAGACGGUACUUACGCAAUGCGUUUUCACUUGAACCUAUUAAUUAAUUUCAGACAAAUAUUUACAAUUACAAUAAAAAUUUAAACUGCAUCCCACGCAUUCAUAAACUGCAAAGAUGAAAUAAAAAUAUUAUUUAACGAUGUAGUAAAGACUUGUUCAAAUUUAUUUCCCGUAGAUUUGACACGCAAGCUUUAUAUGUAUUUUACUCUCAUUGUUGAAUGCUAAAUAAUUGUUAAUUAUAUAAUUAAAUUAAUCGUAAGUACAGACAAGUUCAGUCCCACCUGGUCGAGUAUUAACGACGAUAUGGUGAAAAAAAGCGAAAUAUCAUUGUAUCAAUUAUAAUUAUUCAUUUUAAAUCAAUUUUUUACAUUUCAAUUUAUCUUGAGAUACAUUGUUACAAUAUAAUUUAGUCGUGUAAAUAAAUUUUCGUUGUAAAUUAAA